UCCUCCACCGCGGCGACCGAACCGGGAACUCUCUCUCGUCUCCCUCGUUCUCCUCCCCUGUUUUCUUUAAUUCAAUUUAGAGAUCCCCAUCCAGCAACAAUAGCUGUUGUCGACUUUUAUUUGUUUGUCUACCGGGAAAUUUUCUGUUAAGAUGAUUAAGAUUAGAUUUUUUUUCAUCUAGAUUGUGAUUUCUCUUUGCCGGAUGCCAUCUGUUUCUUCGUUUCUUUAAAAAAAAAGGAUUUUGGCUGCCAAUGAUGAGAUCUUGGUGUUGAAGGAAGAGAAAUCUUAAGGGUUCAAUCCAAGUUUGUCUGCAGAUUUCCAUCUGGCUCUGAUUGAAGUUUUCUUUCGUGUCCAUCUAGAACGCGCAUUAAGACCGAAUUAGAGUGUUUUCUGAUAAUUUUAGUUUGUUUCUCUAUAAAUUUCUCUCUGGGAACGCUUAGAUUUUUCCAUUUUUUAUCUCUUCAGAAGAGGGUAUGUAUCAAGAUGAGGAAUUUGGUAUCAUAUCGAUUUAUCCUUUGAAUCCUUCCCUGGGCUUGUUUUUGAUAGAAUUAUAUGUUCUCCAAAAACAAGUCUUCUGAGAGAAAGUUCCCUUCUUUCUGUUUUGGUUCGUUAGAAUCUACUUGAGUUUCAUUUCUUUCACUAGUUUUAGUGAGAGAUCUGGACUGCGAGACUCGAAAUUCGGAAUCUGUACAAGUUUACGUUCCAAAGUUUGAUCUUGAUGUGUAAAAUAGUUUAAUCUCUUACAGGAUUUUGAGGGAGUUUGAUGCCAGUAUCCAUUGGGUACUCAUGAUCUCGCUUCAUUGCUGCCAUCAUGAGUAACCAGUCAUACGGGCCAGGAAGUCCCAAGUCCUUUCAUGCUUACCCUAGAGGGGACUUUGAUUUAGAAUCAGGAAACUCCUCUAAGGUCCGAAGGUCCAAAAAUUCGCAGUCUGAAGCCCUCAAGAUGCUUAAAUCAAUUGGAAAUCGCCUUUAUCGUUUCUACAAGCUUCACCCUGUUGCAAUUUUUCUCAUCUCAUUGUCCUUUGGAGUGACCAUUCUGAUUGUUCUAUCUGUAUAUGAGAGCCGGGUUAGAAUGAUGGGGUACCGAAGGGUUGAUGAUCUGAGUGUCAGUUCGGGUUCUUAUCCUUUUGCGAAUCUCCGCAAUCUUGUCAUGGUUGCGGGGCAUUCGAUCUAUACAAGCAACAGUUGUGGGAAGAUUGACCGUGAGGAUUCAUGGUUCUUGGAGCCAUAUCAGAGGCACCCAGGUCAAGCUGCUACAUUUUUGUCACAUAUAAGAGAAGGGGUGGAGAUUGCAUCUAAGGAUGAGGGAGCUCUUCUUUUGUUUAGUGGUGGGGAAACUCGAAGGGAUGCUGGCCCUCGAAGCGAAGCACAGAGUUAUUGGGCAGUUGCAGAAUCAAAAGGCUGGUUUGGGAAACAAGAUAGUGUGAGGAACAGAGCACUCACAGAAGAGCAUGCAAGAGAUAGUUUUGAGAACCUUCUUUUUAGUGUGUGUCGGUUUCGAGAACUUGCUGGCACUUAUCCUCAAAAUAUUACAGUUGUGAGCUAUGAUUUCAAGGAGGAGAGGUUCACCCAUUUACAUCGUUCAGCAAUUGGAUUUCCAGAUGGCAGGUUUUUCUAUUUUGGCACCCCUGCUUCUCCCACUGCAAAAGAGGCGGCGAAGAAAGGUGAAGCUUCUGUUAGGGCACAGUUCCAAGAAGAUCCAUAUGGAUGUUUAGGUUCUCUUCAUCGUAAGAAACUUAAGAGGGACCCAUUUCAUCGGACUGUCCCUUAUCCCAAUGGAUGCCCUGAGCUGAAAGGCUUAUUCAGCUAUUGCGGUCCGGUUCCUUAUCCAGGCUCUCUUCCUUGGACACAGUAG